UGAUCAGCAGUAGUUACAAGCGAAGCAUUAGUUGAAGAAAGAUGAAGAUGAGUAGUGCUUCUAUGGGUACCUCUAAGAGAAGGUUAUCAAGCAGAGGAUUAGGAGGAGGUGGUCUCCUCAGAGAACAGAGGGGUAGGCUCUACAUAAUUAGGAGAUGUAUAGUCAUGCUCCUCUGCUGGCAUGAUUGAAGUGCUGGAGAUUACACACCCUUUUCUUAUCUUAAUUCUUCACUAAUGGUCGGGGAUCGUCGACGAUGCCUUCUUUUUUUUUCUUUCCUUCUUGAGUGUAAAUAGCAG